AUGUGCUACGGCCGUCGAGGCUUCGAUGGCGCCGGCAAGAAUGGUGUAGCUGCCGGUGAGAAGAAGGGGGAGGAGGAAAUCACAGGUAGAGGGCACCAACCAGAAGAGGAAACGGAACUGGCCAUGAAGUAUGGGAACGGCGGUGCUACGGUGGUGGACACAGGACACUGGAGGCCGAAAUUAGGGAUGCCAGUCAUGAGGAUGAGUCAAUGUUCCUGGGAAUGA